UCCCGGCCCCCCCCGCCGCCCCGGCAUCGCGCGCAUGCGCGCUGAGCUGCUGCGGGCACCUGCGCAAUAGUGAUCCCCGGGUCGCGCUCGGCGGAGACCGGCCCGGGAGGACAUGCUGCCAAAUAGUGAUCCCUAGCUGCUGGUGGUCUCCUGAGGGGGCUGCGGGGUCCGGGGCCGUCCCCACACACCGCACCUGCCCGGGCACCGCUCCCCGCCUCCCUCCGGCCUCCCAGCAGCGCCGCACCGCCGGCGGGGCCGCUCCUCGGGCCGCGAGGUGCAGCUGAGCUCCGUUCCUGUGCCUGUCCCUGCCCGAUUCCAAGCUGGCGAUGUCCAGGGUGCCGAGUCCCCCCCCUCCGGCAGAGAUGUCCAGCGGGCCCGUGGCCGAGAGCUGGUGCUACACACAGAUCAAGGUGGUGAAGUUCUCCUACAUGUGGACCAUCAACAACUUCAGCUUCUGCCGGGAGGAGAUGGGGGAGGUCAUCAAGAGCUCGACCUUUUCCUCUGGAGCCAACGACAAACUCAAGUGGUGUUUACGUGUGAACCCCAAGGGCCUGGACGAGGAGAGCAAGGAUUACCUGUCCCUGUACCUGCUGCUGGUGAGCUGCCCCAAGAGCGAGGUCAGGGCCAAGUUCAAAUUCUCCAUCCUCAACGCCAAGGGAGAGGAGACCAAGGCCAUGGAGAGCCAGCGCGCCUAUCGCUUCGUGCAAGGCAAGGACUGGGGCUUCAAGAAGUUCAUCAGGAGAGAUUUCCUGCUGGACGAGGCCAACGGGCUCCUGCCAGAUGACAAACUGACCCUGUUCUGUGAGGUGAGCGUGGUGCAGGACUCGGUGAACAUCUCGGGCCAGAACACCAUGAACAUGGUCAAGGUGCCCGAGUGCCGCCUGGCCGACGAGCUGGGCGGGCUCUGGGAGAACUCGCGCUUCACCGACUGCUGCCUCUGCGUGGCCGGCCAGGAGUUCAAGGGCCACAAAGCCAUCCUGGCAGCGCGCUCGCCGGUGUUCAGCGCCAUGUUCGAGCACGAGAUGGAGGAGAGCAAAAAGAACCGGGUUGAGAUCAACGACGUGGAGCCCGAGGUGUUUAAGGAGAUGAUGUGUUUCAUCUACACUGGGAAGGCCCCAAACCUGGACAAGAUGGCUGAUGAUCUGCUGGCAGCUGCUGACAAGGUAAAUUCAGGAUUUAUGGGUGCUGGGGGAGCUGGAAUGCCAUGGGAUUGCCUUUCCUUGGAAUUGAGGCUUCCAGGGAAACCUGGGAACACCCCUGCACCAGCAGAGAGCACACCUGGAGCUGCACAGGCCCAUCAGGGAUUUCUGUCCCCACUGCUCAUUUUUGUGCAUUUUUGAAGCUUCCAGAGGAAGCUCUGCUGCAGAUCUCCCCAUUAAACAAUCAGGAAUUUUUGCUCUACUGCUCAAUUUUAAGGAUUUUUUUGGAGCUCCCAGAAGAGCCUGUUCAGCAUGAUCCGAGUUGGGCUGAGGAGACAAUUACAGAGCAGACCCAGGGAUGUUUUUCCAUGUGGUUAUUCCCAAAUCCUCGGAGCAGUGCAGAGUCUGGACAAACAGUUCUCCUCCUGCCCUGCCUCCUGUCAGCCCCGAGGCUCUGGAAACCCAGGAGUGGGAAAUGCUGUUGGUUUUCCUGCUGCAGUGCCAGUCCCUGCUGCUCCUGGGAGCUGCU